UUGGUGCGGCAUUACUUAUAGCCACUAGGGGGCACAGAUAGGUCCCUAGUAAGAAGGAGUAUAAGCCGAUUGAUAAACCCCUCUCUAGCUACAGGGAUCCUUCUGCUUUAAAGCAUGCCGAAACUUCUUCCACUCCCUUCCUAAAACACAACAACCACCUCUACCAAGACCAACCAAACCACAAAACUCGAGUCACCAAACACACGAAGCAUAAGGCAAGAGCGAUGGCAAAACAUGGCCCCCAAAUCCAUGACCAACCAAUCCAAGAAGAGGACUACAUAGACAUGGAUCUGAGCUCACCAGCAGCAUCGGGAGCGGCCACCACCACCGCAAGCUUGUUCUGCUACAACAGUGCCAUGGCAGCCUCGCCACAACACUCGCGGGAGUUUGAAUUCCACAUGUCGGCUCCACCUGACCUGUGGGAGCCCGUGGCGUCCCCAGCAGAUGAGCUCUUCUACAAGGGCAAGCUGCUACCGCUCCAUCUUCCCCCACGCAUACAGAUGGUUGAGAAGCUACUUGAGAGCGCGUCUGAGAAGGGCUUACUUUCAGCAAGCACUGCCCCAGCAACACCAUACCAGUCAGCAGCAAACUCAUGUUAUGCCAGCAGCGGUGAGCUCGCUGCAGAGUACUACUUCCAUGAGUGCAUAUCCACUGGUAGUGAUGCUGCCGAGGAGGCGGCAGCCUGUGAGAAGAAGCCAUGGUCCAAGAAGCUCAAGUUCAUCAGGCACCUCAACCUCGGCCUCAAGCUUAAGGCGUCGAAAGCUUAUCUGAAGACAAUAUUUGCUAGUAAAGGAGGGAAUCCAGGUGGCAAGAAUGGUGUACCUGGAGCAAAUGAACUGUCCAGCACACAGUUCAAUACCUGGAGGAAGAACCCAUUUGGCCACAUCGGAAGCAAGAGGUACAUAGCCUCACCCAUCAGCAAUAGCACCACGGUAGGAGGCAAGUUUAAAGAGGGCGAGUGUGGCCAUAGAAGAUCCUUCUCCAGCAUCAUCAUCCGAUACUCGUCAUCAAACAAGACAUCCUCUGUUUCGUCGUCGUCGUCAUGUUCUUCGUCAAACUCAUCAUCCUUCUCAAUCCCAAGCUCAAAUGGCUCUGGCGGUGUUGGACCAGUGCUGAGGAGGAGUAGCAGUGCAAGUUCAGAGAUGGACAAUCCAAUUCAAGGCGCAAUAGCAUACUGCAAGAAGUCACAGCAGCUCGCCUCAGUGAGGAAGAGUGCAAGUGACGCAGGGUUCCGUUUCAUGUCAUCAUCAGCAUCAAAAAUAGCAGCGGAAUCCGAAGACGCUGAUGGUAUAUUUGAGAUUACCCGAAAUACAAAUGUAAAUUCAGUGUCCCCCCAAUAAUUUUGUACUCUUUUGAUCUUGAGCUUUCUGUAGAUAUGAUAUAUGUCUGAUGUUAUGGCCUUAAGGAAUAUCAAUGUAAGCAAUUUCUGUUCAAGGACAAACAGUUUUAUAUGCAACAACAAAUAUUGAAAAAUUCA